GAGUCAGAAUGUCUGACUCACCGAGUACAAAUAAAUGGGCAAGUUGAGCGACGAAUCCAAAACUGGAGAGGAGCAAGUUUUUGGAUAUUCUCCAGUCAUAUGGAUUUUUUCACAUCAUUUUUGUGUCAUUCUUUCUUCCAGCAGCUAAAAUUUAAUCAAGUUAAUAAGUAAACAAAGUUGUUUAAUUAGGAUUUUAAGCUGUUUAAAGUCUACUACUAGAUUUAAAAAUACUAAAGUAAACAAUGAUUAAACUGCCCUUGUCCAGGAUUAGGUUUAUUUUUUGACGAAAUAAAUAAAAUUGACUGACAUUAUUAUGAUAUCUUCUCCUCUUGGAUCGAUCAGUUCGGUUAGUUCGGUAGUCGUCGUUGUCGAAAUUUUGAAAAACUUGACGGUUAAUUAAUUACCCAAGAUGAGUGGCGAGCUGCAAGUCGUCUUCAUCUACGACACGUUACGCUGUCGCCGAGAAGAAGAUGACCCCCGCGACGCUAUCCUGUACUUUCAUCCCAUGGAAAUUCCCGAAAAUAGAAGAAUCGCCAUAUGCGGACAAUUGAUGGGAAUCACACAAUUUCUACUCGACAUGUUCUCUGCGCCGAAAAUCCUGUCCUUGGAAAAUGGCAAGUUUGCUUUGAAAGAGUUGGGAAAACAGUACAUUUUGGCGCUCGGAUGCAGCAGCGUAACUCCAGACUGGCUUUUGGAGAAACAAGCCGAUAUUUUGUACCAAAUCACUAAAUUUUUCCAUAAGGACAUCGACAACAUUUUGACCGCGGUGGGAGGCGAUAGGAAACUCUUGACGGCAAAGUUGACCUCCAUCAUGGACCACUACAUCCCCAUUUCGCAACAUAACGGCGACCUGUUUGCCCUCACUUUCGGAAUUUUACCAAUCUUAUCAUUGCCAAAGAGUGCUAGUCACAUUUCGCUCAGUGCUACCGUCGUUUUACAAACGUGCCUCUUAAAAGGCGGUGUUCUUGGGGGAAUUGUCAUGUUUCAAAACAAAGUAAUAGCGGUCGAACUGAUUCAAGAUUUGGCAAAGAAAUUGGCCUUCAUUCAGCCGUACCAGCUUCCCCCUGCCGACACAGCCCGAACCAGUUUUAGUCCACCCCCCGGAGUCCAACUUUUAAAAGUGUACGUGACCCGAAGUGAUUUAGAGGAGAUCCGCAACCACUCCUCGUCCUACCAAUAUCCAUCCAGACUCGUGUCCAAUGGUCAAAAUGGAAAGGAUUCUCGUCCCCGGAACAAAAUCCACGCCAUCAGUGAGGAAGAACCGUCCACUAGCCAAAAUCUAGUUAUGCUAAUUGCCUCUCAAAACAAAAAAAUAGAGCAGAAAGUUCCCAUCGCUUCGACCAAAGCACAAAAUUUAAAAUCUGCUUCGUCCCCAGCAGCAGCACCACGAUCCGCGUCCACCAAAACCGAAAACUCCUUCCUCCCACCAAGACUAUUUCACAGCUUGGAAAAUCUUGCGGUUCACCAUCAAACUGAAGAGGAUACCAAACCCGACCUCAAGACACGCUGUACCAGUCUGACCGACCCAGUCUUCCCGUAUUUGAGAUGCGAUGGGAAGAAUAUUUCUAAAUUUUAUCUCGAAGCUUUCGCCUAUCCAAACCCGGACCGAUCCUUAACCGAAGAUGAGGAAGGGACGCUCAAGGAACUCGUACCUAAUUUCACCUCUAAACCAAAAACACCUGAACCCCAAAAGAACAAACACAGCGUCAUUACUGAUAACAAAAUGAAAUUAGAGAAAGAAAAUGAACCACCGACGAGCACUAAAAAUAAGCCAAGCUUAAGUUUGGACUCGACCACCACGAAGAAUUCAGUCAAAUCAUCAGGGAUAAACCGUCCCAAGGAUCUCGCUCUGAAUUUGAACUCGAGCUCUUCUUCUCGCCACAAGACGCGGCGUCGCUGGUCCACUUUUGAAGACAUGAUGUCCCCCGUGCUAGAAACUCCGCCCGCCCUGGAAGUCGAAGCCCCGAAUAAUAUUAGAGAAAAAUCGGCAAGUAUUAGCAUCACGGAUACCGGAUUCUUGAUGAAUACUCUCGCCAAUCCAGAAAAUCACGACACGUCCUUCAAAUCCACGCUGUUCAACUCUUUCCGGAAACUUUCCAGUUCUGAGAACGUUAGUGAUAGUGGGCGCGGAAGUGGGCGCAGCCAGCGGUCAAACGGUGACAAUAAACUCAACAAUAAGAGAGUCCUCUCUCCAGAAAAUCAGCUACUCCGACCAUGGGCUCCUUUCAAAGGGCCCCACGAGAGCAAAAAGUCCAUCUGCACCGACCCCGAAAUCUACGAGGACAUUGUUCUCUUCAUCUACAGCUUGGGUGGCAUGAGGCUCAAACUCCUCUUGGAAAAAAGUUCAUUAAACAAUCGCGAAUUAAUUCAAACUUUGCGUGAUUACGGCUCGAGCAGCAUCGCGGACCUGGAAGUGGCCGUGUCGAGCGUGGAAGAGCAGAGCAUGUCGAUGGGUGGGCAGCACGACCAGUACUGCUACCUCCACUACGAACCCAUCUGGCACAGCUUGGCGCACGGGGGGCGAAACCACUCCAUGGACUUUGACGCCGUCCAGCACAUCCACCAAGACUUCCGCGUCCAUCCCUUCAUCAACGAAUUGAUCAUUAGGGGGGAUGACCACGUCGUGUACGGGUAUCAGUGCGUCGGAUCCGAAGUAUUUUACCAGCAGAGUGCCGGCCUUCAACCCGGCCUCCCAAUGCCGCACGACCUCAUGGGAAAAGUCCCCAUCAAAGCGAAACGAAAACUGUACAGAGACCACAACAUUCUCCUCUUGUGAACUAAUUUCUGAUCAAAGUUCCCGAGCAAAAAUUUCCGGCCGAAAUUUAGCCCCAUUUUCCCCCGAAAAACUUUAUUUGUGCUGAAAACUAUGAAGAAAAUUAUGCACAUACUGCGCGUUCUAUAGAAUUAAAUUGAUAGAAAUUUUGUGCCGGAUUAUGCAAAAAAAAGUGCGAAGAAUGAAAUUCGCAUCGAGCUUUGGUUCAAUCCUGCAGAAUUCCAAGUGAUUUCUACUCGAAUAUUUAGUGACGUUGUGCCAUUAUUUUUGCCAUUAUUUGUAAAACCAGCUCAGCAAAGUCAAGUCAAUUUUAUUUAUUUUAUUGUUCCCAACAUUUUACGAGUUUAUUUUAAGACAUACAUUUUUAAAGCAAUUCAAGUUACCUAAUUUAAUUUAUUAUUUCAAUCAUUUCAUGUUUUUAAGAGCUUACAUAUUUUAACACAUAAACUUGUACAUAUAUUUUUUAAAGAUCAAACCUCAACAUACGCUUUGAAUUCAUAAAUUAAUGUACAAAUCUAAAAAA